AUGAAAUGUGAUUUUGUUUACAUUUAUUUGCUUAGAUCCCAAAUAUUGAACAAAGUACGCGAUGCGGACCCAAAUAAUAGCGACGCAAUUAAAGACGUACUCGGAUCCUUUUUUCAAAAUGUUUUAAAUCAUACCAGUGAUAAUUGUAACCAGUGGUUGCGAACUUUGGAAUACAUACUCACCCGAUAUCCGAAAUACUGCUCAACAUAUAAAGCAACUUCUGAAACAUAUUUAAGUCACUUUUUAAACUGGAAUAACUACUAUGAUGUUAUUGAAGCUGCAAAGUGUGUUCAUUCCUUGCAACAGGUUCAAUGGCCCCAAAAUAGGACAGCUACAGCGAAGUCAGCUUGGCGAGACCAAAUGGAAUUAUUAUGUGAAGCAGCACAUUCUCUUAUUGAUGCUUUGUUUAGUGACUCUGUUGAUAUGUACAAAAAAAGUAAUAAAAAGAAUCUUGCACAGUCUAAUUCAAGUUCAUCGUUAACUGCAGCUUUAAAACAAAUUAGCUUAACAGGUUCAACAAGCAGCACAAACAAGCACGAGUUGUUGCAAACCAGACUUAGAAAUGUAUUUGUUUUUAUACAGGCCAUGAUAGUUGAAAUUUAUCCGGUAGCUAAACCAAUACGCCCUCAAACUAUAUUAGAUGUUAUUCUAAGAUCACUCAGUGUAACUAGUGGGAAAAAGUUACAGUCCGAUGAUGUUGCUGUUGUAAAAAUACAAGCACUGAGAACAUUAGAUGCUUUAAUUGCUUGUUUGGGAGCAAAUCUUAUUCCAUUUUCGCCGCUAGUCUUUAGAAUAGUGAUGCAAACAUUCAGAUGGAGUACUGAUAUGUCUAAUGAUGGUUCAAGAGAUGUUCGUCGCUCAGCAUACAACAGUCUUUCCAACUGGCUAACCACACUGCACUCUCACCGUUUCACUGCUGGAAGUUCGUCCUGGGAAGAUGAACUCACUGGACACAUAGUUAAUGACACUACGCCGCCGAAAAAAACAGUCCAACUUACAAUGAGCGGUCAGUCCAUGAAAAAUCUAAGCAAAAAGGCAAGGAGGAAGCUUCAAAAUACAAUGUUAAAAGAAAGCACCAUCGCUGCACACAUGCCUGGUGAGAAAAAUAAACUUACUGUGCAACAAGAAACUGAUAAUGAGGUUGCAAUGUCAGCCUUAGAAUGUGCAGAGGUUUUCUUGACAGUGUGUGGAGUAUUCUUAAAGCCAACAACGCAUAAGGUGUUUCAGGAUCAUUUCGUACGGGAGUGUUACAACUCUAACACGUAUUCAGAUGCGUACAUUUUGUCCUUGUUGCGUGUAUUAGAAGCUUCCAGAAAGACUACACCGUCCACUGUGCCACCGCCGACACAGUAUUGUCUCCAUUUAUACAGUGUGCUUUCGAACAAUCACUGCAGAGAGAUAUCAAAAUUCUGUUCCCAAGCACUACUAGAUAUAAGGUUACACUUGCACUGUUCGCCGCCUUCACUCAACUUUGCAUUAGAAAUACGCCCAGAUAAAGAAAAGAUAAUAGAUAAUCAAAAGAGGAUAUCGGAGAGAAAUAGAGCAGCAUUAGAAAAACUUCUAGGGCCUGAUAGAAUGCCUGUGCAAAUUAACGAAGAAGUUAUAACAAUUCCCGAUGAACCAUUAAGUAAAAAACCACGUCUAGAUGAUUCAUCAGAUAAAAUAAGUUUAAGCAGCGAAUCUGUGUGUUCGGUUGAAAUGUCUGAUGAGGUAACUGAAGUUAGAGGACGACGUGACGGUGAAGCACCAAAUGACCUGGAACAAGAAAAAGAAAUUUCUAACGAAGCAGAACCUGAAGAGGUAGAUUCUAAUGAAUCAGAAUCUGAAGAGGUAGAUUCUAACGAAGCAGAACCUGAAGAGGUAGAUUCUAACGAAGCAGAACCUGAAGAGGUAGAUUGUAGCAAAAAUGCUGAUGACAAAGAAGUUACAAUUAUCAAGGAACUAGUAAUAGAGGAAGUUGAUGGAAAUUUAGGUCAAAUAGAAAAAACAGAUCCGAUUAUCUCUGAAGUUACAAAGAAAAGUGAAAAGGAGGAAUCUGAGAAAGAAACAAUAUAUGAAGCAGAAACCCAAAUACCAUUGAGCACAACACAUGAUGAAAUCGAUGAAGAGGAAAGAUCCUUGUCUAUGGAAGUUACUUAUGACUAUCCAAACACAGGAACUGAAAAGGUCACCGUCUUAGAAAAGAUGGACGACGAAAAUCUUCCAAGUACAAAUGACACUGAUGAUGUCCAAAUAACUUGCGGACAAGCUGUUGUAACAUCCCAAGAAAUCGAUUCUGAAAACAAACCUAAGGAAAAUGAAGGAAAAGUACCUGAUGUUGAAAUUAAAGUUAAUGGAAUAGACGCAAAAGAUACUAUUUUAAAUGGUGAUGUUAACGAACAAGAGACCACAGUACCAGUUAACAAUUCAGAUAAAUUAUCUAAACCUGAUGACGUAUCUAUCGCAGACAUGAUGGCCGAUUUUGUGGAUGAAGUCAACGAACAAAGUUCUUAA